UCACCUGAAAAUGUUCAAGAUUGGAGGUAUUCAGCCUGUGGACGAGAAUGACGCACAAAGGAAAGAAAAUUUGGAAGCACGGAAUGCUGCAAAAGGACAAAGACGCGCUGCAUUAAUUGAAAGGAAACCAAACGUUCGACAAUUGACACAUAAAACUUCUUCAAAACCAGUGUUUACAACUGUUCAUUACAAUUUUAUUUUGAGGAGGAAAGCUUUGAGAUUUACAGCGGAUGAAGUGGAUGACUUGGAAAAAUUUGCCACUUCGCAUGUACGUUUUGGUGGGAGUGAUGUUAUGAUACCAUUGGAGGUUGCUGAGGAUAUUGACAAUUAUAUGCGACACCUUGAAGUUAUUUACGCUGUGCCUGAAGACUUUUUGAGGAAUAUCAAGUCGCCGAUUCACGGCAGAAUGCGUCAAAUUCUUGCUGAUUGGCUGUACCAUGUCCAAAGUCGCUUCACCCUGCUCUUUGAGACUCUUAGCUUGGCUAUCAACUUGAUGGAUCGAUCUCUACUGGCAAUGAAUGGUUCCAUAACUAAAGCGAAUUUGCAGUUGAUAGGGGUCCAAAUCUUGAGAAUUUUGUGA